AUGGACACCCCUAAUGUCUUAGAUGAACUUUCACAGAAAGCCUUACAUCCCAGCUGGCCCAACCCCUCAAGAAAUACCAAUACUUUUUCCUUGACUGAUGAGGGGUCUGCUGAUUUAUUUCCUAAAGACUGGAGCCCUCCACCAAUUGAAUCCCUGUACCAAAAGCUCCCUGAUCCUAGUCCCUCACCACCUCCAGUCCUCUCACAGGCCUUAGAGAAGAACACAGAGAAUAAUAUGAUUCUUGCUGUGGAAAAGCUAGAGACAACUUCAGAACAAGAUAGAGAAAUUGCUAUGGUGUUAGAAUCCACAGACUUAAAUCUGUCUCCAAAGACAAGUAUUAAAGAUCCUGACCACCAUGAGACUUUAUCAUACCCCCAGGAAUUGCCAUUCUUAACCCAUUCUGGUAGCUGCCUUUCAGAGUCCUCAUAUGGUCUGAAUGAGGAGUCCCUGCAGCUGGACUCAGAACCAGAGGAAGAAUUGGUGACACUGGAGGAGCUGUUCCAAAACAUGGCAGCCCCUGGUCAAAAGAUGGCAGCACCAGCAUUCGAACCCCAUGACUCACUCGACUUCAGAAACUCAGAUUCAUAUGUCAAUAGUUUAGAUUGCUUGCUACUGGAUAAAAGGAAUCAGAUCCUGGGCCGAGAUGAGUGGGAGAAUUCAUUUCUGGGAGGUGACUCUGCUCUUGCUCCUUUUAAGAACUUUGAAGAUGAUUACGGAAUACUUACACCUGAGCAUAGGUUGCUAGUAGAGAAAUUCUGUGUGAAGCUAUAUAUGAUCCCAACACUUCAUCCAGGUGAGGUUGUGUUUUUGUCACAGAACCACCUGCCUUGCACCCUUGACUGUACCAAUCUGGUACCUCAGAAUAGUCUAGAGGAACUCUUUUUCAGCUCCACUUUUGCACAGCAGAUCUCCUUCCUAAACAGAGGGCUCCUUGGCUAUCUCUAUCUGCAGACUCCCAGCUGCCCUGUCCCAGUUCUUCAGUGGCUAUUCCAGCUACUGGCAUGGCCGAUAGAGACUUCAGCAGGAGCCUUCCAUGUCCUCUGGAAUCUCAGUAUGGAUGGAAUCUCCCGGCGAGCUGGUGGAGAUAACACCUUUGUGUGGUGCCCCAAACUACAAGAGAUUAUCUUGACCUUUCAGAGCCUUGGAGCAAGAGGCUCUAACUUAUAUCUCAAAGCAUCUCUUCAGCCUAUGCCUUCUGUCCAUGAUAGGAGGGUCAGUGAGGCUGCUGAUGGUAUGAAUUUAACAGAGCAAGAAGGCUCUGCACCAGAGACUGAACUGGAAACUAACCUUAGCUACAUCUGUAAGUUUCUGACGUUGUGUGUGAUGGCCCAACCGGGUGCUUACACAGAUGGGGAACUGCUCAACCUGAUGUAUCUAAUAUGCCGAGCCAGUCUCGAUAGACAGUUACGGCUGCUCCCCAGCACUGACCUCCAGCAGCUCUUGCUCAUGUUACUUGAAGAUAUUAAAGACUGGUCAGAGAAGCUCCCAGAACUGUGCUGCAUGUUGAGCUGGGUGUCUGAUCACCAUCACAACCUGUUGGCUGCUGUACAGCUUGUCCUGGACGUUACUACCCGUGGCAGGCAGCUUCGAGGCCAACUCAGCCUCGUGAUCAUUGCCCGACUCCUGGGGCAGACAGAGAUCCUCCCUCUCUGGAAGGAGAGAGCCCAGCUGUCCUUGCUCUGCCAUCUCCUGGGCCUCAUGAAACCAUCUUCCUUGGGGCAAUACUUGACUAUCUCCUCACCAGCCUUGCAAAACCAGAAGCAACAGCUAGAAGUCAACACGGAGCUAGAUCAAGAGGUCUGCUAUCUGUGCCAUACCCUCUUGACACUGGCUGGAAUGGUCGUGAGUAGCCAGAGCAUCACAACGGACAAAUGGGGUGAGCUGCAACAGCUGUGUGUGCAGUUGGAAAGGCAGGUCACCACACACAUCCAUGAGAGCCCUCAGGCCAUGUACCGCACCAAACUCAAGGACCUGGCAGCUCAGAUAUACAUCCGCUGGCAGGAGCUGCUGACCCAGUGCAGGCCUCAGGACCAGUACUACAACCCCUGAAAAGAACCCUAAAGUGGAGCUGGGAUGGUGCUGACAUUCAAGCUUUUUG